AUGCACAUUAUUCAUGUAACCACUUCAAGGUUCAGAAAAAGUUGAAAGAAUAGUACUCUCAAAUUGUUCACUCCCAAACCUCCCGAGAGAAAGAAAGAAGAAAUAUGGCUAAUGUUCCAGAUAGUGCAGUGGAAUUUCUGUUAGGAAAUCUCAAGGAGUUAAUCCAAUACCAAUCUGAUUUGAUCAGUGGAGUGAAGGACAACGUUGAAGUGCUUGGCAAAGAUCUUGAGCUUCUGAAAGCCUUCAUCAAGGACUGUACACAGAAGCAAACCAACAGCGCAGUCCUUGAAAACGUGGUCGGCGAGAUCAAGUCUGUGGUUUAUGAUGCUGAGGAUGCGAUAGAGACAUACAUAGUUCGUGUUUCCUUGCAAAAACGUAGGAGUUCAAUCAGUAGGGCUCUCCACGCCGUUGAUGAUGCAUCAGAACUUCGACGUGGGAGGAAACAGAUCGAGAAAGUGACCAAGUAUGUGCGGGACAUCUACAAGAACAUGGUGCCUCUUGGGAUUGAAUCUAUGCAAAUUGUUGAAGCCUCCAGCACGGGUCCAAAGAGGGAAAAGAUCGUUAUGGUGGAGGAAGAAAAUGUCAUUGGCCUUGAGGAUGAGUCACAAAAAAUGAUCGACCUUCUCACUCGGGGACCACGGCGGCUACAGGUAAUCUCAAUUGUUGGAAUGUUUGGGCUGGGGAAGACAACACUAGCUAGAAAGAUAUUCAAUGAUUCAAAAGUUGCAUAUAAUUUCCAUCUUCGAGCAUUUGUUAAUGUUUCUCAAGAAUACAAUAGAAGGGAAGUGCUCCUGAGAAUUCUCAACAGCUUUGGCCAUGUCACUGAAGAAAGGAAAAAAAUGCCAGACGAAGACUUGGCGCAACUAAUUAAUAUGCAAUUAAAGAAGAUGAGGUACUUGAUUGUGCUGGAUGAUGUUUGGACCACGGAAGCAUGGGAUGAUCUCAAGCGUGCUUUUCCUGACGAUGGUAACGGCAGCAGAGUGGUUAUAACUAGCCAAAACAAAUCUGUAGCACUUCAUGCUAAUGCAGAGAUUGGACCCUAUUAUAUGCGAUUUCUGCAUCCAGAGGAAAGUCGAAUGUUACUACGGCAUAAGGUUUUCGGUCAGAGUGAACUCCCAGAAGAGCUCGAGGAACAUGAAGUACGCAUUCUGCAGCGAUGCGGCGGAUUGCCGUUAGCUAUUGUCGUACUAGCAGGUAUACUGUUGAAUCAUAGACACAACCUUCGCUGGUGGGAGAGGGUAUCUGAAGGUAUGACAGAAUAUAUUGCAAGGGAUAUGUCGCAAAUGUUUGAUGUAAUCAAAUUGAGUUACAAUAACUUGCCUCACCACUUAAAACCAUGCUUUCUCUACAUGGGGGUCUUUCGAGAAGACUAUGAUAUCCCUGUCUGGAGAUUGCUGCGAUUAUGGAUUGCUGAAGGUUUUAUAGGAAGCCAUCAAAGUAUUAGCUUAGAAGAUCUAGCGGAGUAUUACUUGAUGGACCUAGUUGACAAGAAUUUAGUGAUGGUGGGACGCAGAAGUUCGGAUGGUCGUAUUAAAACUUGUCGAAUUCAUGACACAUUGCGUGACUUUUGCAAGAUGGAGGCAAGAAAAGAAAAUCUUUUCCAUGAAAUGAAAGAGUUUUCCCAAUCUGUAAGCUCUUCUUCGGAUGCUUUCCGCCGCAUAUGUGUUAAUGAUUCUGUUUUAGAUUACAUAGGAUCAAGACCAUUUGGUCCACAUGUCCGCUCUUUUCUCUGCUUUGCCAAGGAAGAAAUCCCUAUGCCUGUAGAAUAUGUCUCAUCCAUCCCUAGGGCCUUCAAAUUGCUUAGAGUUCUGGAAAUCAGAUCAAUAAUUCUCACUCGUUUUCCUUCGGGCCUAUUUCAGCUUAUUCUUCUGAAGUAUAUUGCCAUCUGUUGUCAUUUCAAGGUCCUUCCUGAGAAAAUGUUGGAUCUUUGGAACUUGCAGACUGUUAUCAUUGAAACAUCAUCUCUUAUCCUUGAUAUAAAAGCAGAUAUUUGGAAAAUGACUCAUCUAAGGCAUCUGCACACUAAUGCAUCGGCAUGUGUGCAGAAGUCCAAGGACGAGGCCAUGAGCAGUUCAAACCUUCGAACCCUUUCUACAAUCUCACCAGAAAGUUGCACGAAAGAAGUGUUUGACAGGACUCCUAAGCUCAAGAAAUUGGGUAUCCGUGGGAAAUUAGCUGGUCUUUUCAAUGCCAGAGGUGAAUCUAGCUUGUUUGAUAGUCUUUCCAGAUUGCAAGAGCUUGAAAAUCUGAAGCUAUUGAAUUCUGAUCAAACAUUCGAGUUACAACAACUUCCUUCACCAACCAAGUUUCCAAGAAGGCUGAAAAAGUUGACCCUACUAAACACCUCGCUUGAUUGGGUACAUAUGUCUACACUGGGGAAAUUGGAGAUGCUUGAGGUGAUCAAAUUGAAAGACAAUGCAUUCAAGGGAGAAAGAUGGAAAACAGAAGAUGAGGGUUUUCCAAAUCUGAAAGUAUUGCAUAUAGGUCAUACAGAUUUGAAGGUAUGGGAGACUUCAGCUGAUCAUUUUCCAAAGCUGGAAAGCCUUUUCCUACGGCACUGCACUGUCCUUGAGGCUCUCCCACCUGAAUUUGGAGAAAUAUCCACUCUCCAAGAAAUUGAGCUGUAUUGUACCAGUUCCAAGUUGGUUACCUCAGCAAGGGAAAUUCAGCAGAAUUUUGGCUCUGACCUUAAGCUCCUCUUUGAUCCUCCAGAAUAGGGAUCUCCACAACAACUAGCUUCCUUAAUUGCAGGUCUAUCUUGAAGAAACAAGGCCAAAGAGCCAUCAUGCCAUGUGAAAGAUUCAGAAGCAAUUAAGACAAAUUGGUGGUAGUUUUCUCAGUGCCUGGAUAUAUAUAAUCUGUCUAUUUUCUAAGGAUUGCGGUCAUAAAAUUCGACUUCUGCCCGUGUAUAAAUUUUGGGGUUUCUUUCUUAUAUUUUUCCUUUUUUCUCUUUUGGUUGUGACGAUUAAUAAUGCUCCCUGGCUAAUUUGCAAAUUCAUUCCAUAAUAUCUGUUUUUAAGGUCCUCUUCA